UGAGUAAAUGAUGACAGAAUUUUUUAUUUUUAUUUUUAUUUUUUUGAACUAUCCCUUUAAUCUUAAUCGUUAUGAUAAAAGUUGUUUAAAUUACAAACAGACAGAGAGCAUCAGACACCUUUUAUAAUAACCCGGAGCAAAAACAUUUUUCUAAAUAAAAUGUUCUGCACUUUGGAGCAGCUCAAGACAACAGAAAGAGCAACAGGGAAGCAUUUGUAAAACUCGGUUAAGAAAUUUGUAGGCUGUGUGCUUUCAUAUGCGCCAUUGAAGGCACAUUUAAAUGAACGAUGCAACACUGUCAGUACAGUACACAUUACUUAUAAUUCCUUCAUUAUACUUAUUCCAUAUAUUUUUUGAUCAUAAAGCACCAUCUAAGCCUGUUGCUGUAAUGGAAAUUCCAUCCACGAGAAGGCGCUUUGCUUGACUAUUGAUGAUAAGGUGGACCUCAAUAUAUCACAUUUUCAACUUCAAAGUUGUCCUCAGUUGACAAAAGUCUGUCUUCAGAUCAAGUGUUACAAAUUUUAUUGCACAUUUUUAAUGUUAUGUAGCUACAUAAUAUACAAAAACAUCACCAUCUAUUUGAAGUAGCCUAGUUUUUAUCUUGCAAUUACUGUAAAACGUUUUUUCAUCAUUAUGUCAUAACAUUUUUGUUUGCAUUUAACUUGCUGUAAUAACUCCUGUCAUUUUUACUCGACUUUGAAUUUUCAACUCGAUUUUGUUCAUGAGUAAAAAUGGUUGGAAAAAACGGGUUGAUUACCAGUGGAGUUGCCACAGUAUGCAUUGUAAACAUCCAUGUGCAAGAUGAGGAUAACACCCAUAAACGCCAAUAAGAAAAUUAUUAUAGAAAUGGCUAUAGCAUGAGGGUAGACCAAUCCGUUCAAAUAAUCAUUAAUGAUAUAUUAAAAUAGGCCUAAUAGAAGUAUUCAGUUAUAACUAAAAAUAUGUCACAGAGGGUCUUCAUACGGUCUGUGGUCGUCUGCAUUGCAUAACUUGAGCAGGGUGCAUUAUUCACACUUGGUAUUCACAUACACGCUUCAUCCCGUGGAUGAUGCUUGACCAGAAGCAGCAGCAGCAGCAGCAGCGGGUCCAGCAGGGCCGCCCCAGUGCCGCACUCACUCAGCCCUCUCCCGCGCACUAACUGACGUGUUUUGCGCAUUUCCUGGACCAGCCUUCACACACACACAGUCAGGAGAAAAAGAGGCAGGUCUGCAGGAAACUGAGUACCGACGGUCAAACAAGGACCCUGGGAGAAGCAAGUGAGUACGGAGCCCUUGAAAACACUCGUUCACGUUCUCCUGUCUGGGGGGAAUCGAAAGACGCUUUGCGGGGAUAACUUUCCUCCCAAUGCGCGGAGGAGACACAUCCAGCAGCGCUCCAGCCAGACGAGGGAACAGGCUCACCCUGAGGAGAUCCAGCAUAUAUAUCUGGCAUAUUUUGAGGUGUGGAAUGCUGGUCGUAUCGGUGCUGAUACACUGUAGCUCUCCCUUUUCGCUCCAACUUGCUUUGCUGACUGCCUACAGGGGUGUUUGGACAGCUUCAAAGCCACAUACAGGUUGUCCGUAGGUCAUAGCAAUACAUUCCCUUUCUGUCUGGACCUUCUACACUUUGCAUGCAGAUCCACGAGGACGACGAAGGACAUUUACCGUUGUUUUAUAAGGAACAACAAUCCCGAAAACAAACCGGUGGACCGUAACAUACACUGGUUGAAUAAUUAACCAGGCGCUUAAGUGGAAUAUUGUUACUAAAUCUCUCGAAAGUGGCCAUGGUGGUUUUUAACGGUCUGCUGAAGAUUAAGAUCUGCGAGGCUUUGGACCUUAAGCCCACAGCCUGGUCUCUGAGACACGCCGUCGGCCCCAAGACGCAAACCUUCCUGCUGGACACGUACAUCGCCCUCAACGUAGAUGAUUUUCGCGUGGGUCAGACCUCGACCAAGCAGAAGACCAACAGUCCCGUCUGGCACGAUGAGUUUGUGACGGAGGUGCACGACGGCCGGAAGAUUGAACUGUCGGUGUUUCAUGACGCGCCGAUUGGCUACGACGACUUUGUAGCCAACUGCACCAUUCAGUUCGAGGAAUUGCUGCAUAACGACAGCAAACACUUCGAGGACUGGAUAGAUUUGGAGCCAGAGGGAAAGGUCUAUGUCAUUAUCGACUUGUCUGGAUCAUCCAGUGAAGCAGGAGGCUGUGAGAAUGAGGAGCGUGUGUUUCGUGAACGCAUGCGACCCAGGAAGAGGCAGGGAGCUGUCCGGAGGAGGGUGCAUCAAGUCAACGGGCACAAGUUUAUGGCCACCUACCUGAGACAGCCCACCUACUGCUCGCACUGCCGCGACUUCAUCUGGGGUGUAUUAGGAAAGCAAGGGUAUCAAUGUCAAGUGUGUACCUGUGUAGUUCAUAAACGCUGCCAUGAGCUGAUCAUCACUAAAUGUGCAGGGCUGAAGAAACAGGAGGACACCACAGAGGAGGUGGGAUCUCAGCGCUUCAGCGUCAAUAUGCCUCAUAAGUUCAGUAUUCACAACUACAAAGUCCUUACGUUCUGUGACCACUGCGGUUCGUUACUGUGGGGCCUGCUGCGGCAAGGGCUGCAGUGCAAAGUUUGUAAGAUGAAUGUGCACAAGCGUUGUGAAAGUAAUGUAGCUCCUAACUGUGGGGUGGACGCCAGGGGCAUCGCCAAGGUGCUGUCCGACCUUGGAGUCACUCCAGAUAAACUCUCCGGCAGCGUCCAGAGGAGAAAAAAGAUCUCUCAGGGUCCAGAUCCACAACCCUUUCCCAUAUCCCCACAGUUAGAAGAGGAUCGAUCCAAAUCUGCACCCACAUCACCAUGUGACCAAGAUAUAAAGGACCUGGAGAACAUCAGGAAGGCACUUUCGUUUGACCAUCGUGGUGAAGAGCUAAAGCCAGCCUCGUCCUCCUCUCUAACUGAGGGAGGGUCAGAGGAGACGGGGGAGGCGAGAGAGAAUGGAGAGGUGAAGACCCUCCAGACCAAAAGGAUGACGCUGGAAGACUUCUCCUUCAUCAAAGUGCUCGGGAAAGGCAGCUUCGGCAAGGUGAUGCUGGCUGAGUUAAGAGGCACUGAUGAGGUUUUUGCGGUGAAAGUGUUGAAGAAAGACGUCAUCCUACAGGAUGAUGAUGUGGACUGCACUAUGACUGAGAAACGCAUUCUAGCCCUGGCCAGAAAACACCCUUACCUUACCCAACUCUACUGCUGCUUUCAGACCAAGGACCGUUUGUUCUUCGUCAUGGAAUAUGUGAAUGGCGGAGACCUGAUGUUCCAGAUCCAGCGUUCACGCAAAUUCGAUGAAGCUCGUUCCCGGUUCUACGCUGCUGAGGUGACCUCGGCCCUCAUGUUUCUGCACCAAAAUGGGGUCAUUUACAGGGAUUUAAAACUAGACAACAUUCUGUUGGACGCAGAAGGUCACUGUAAGCUGGCAGACUUUGGCAUGUGUAAGGAGGGAAUCUUGGAUGGCAUCACGACCACAACAUUCUGUGGCACACCAGAUUAUAUUGCCCCAGAGAUCUUGCAGGAGCUUGAGUACGGUCCAUCAGUGGACUGGUGGGCUCUAGGUGUGCUGAUGUAUGAGAUGAUGGCUGGUCAGCCUCCUUUUGAAGCAGAUAAUGAAGACGACCUUUUUGAGUCCAUUCUCCAUGAUGACGUCCUAUAUCCUGUGUGGCUCAGCAAAGAGGCCGUCAGCAUUCUUAAAGCGUUCAUGACGAAGAGCCCCAGUAAGCGGUUGGGUUGUGUAGUGUCCCAAGGACUGGAGGAAGCUAUUAAAGUACAUCCAUUCUUCAAAGAGAUUGAUUGGGUACUUCUGGAACAGAGGAAGAUCAAGCCACCAUUCAAACCACGUAUUAAAACCAAAAGAGACGUCAACAAUUUUGACCAGGACUUCACCCGCGAGGAGCCGGUGCUCACCCUGGUAGAAGACGCCAUUAUCAAGCAAAUCAACCAGGACGAGUUCAAAGGCUUCUCUUACUUCGGUGAUGAGACCCUGUCUUAAAACUACAACCUCCAUCUCCUGCGCUGUACUUCGCACACAAGUGUGCUGCGAACGCUGUGAAUGCCCACAAGCUUAUCCUUAGACCAUCAUUUACCAAGAAUUUGAUGCUUUAAUUUAAAAGUAGAGAGUCUUUACUGCUGAAUCCCCCCAAAAAACAUACACAGAUCCUCACACAUUUCCACCAAAUGAAACAGAGUAAUAUUUAUUUAAUGUAUGUAAAAACACUGAGCUAUACUUAGAGAAGCUCAUGUGACAUCACUAAAGCAGCUGGAUAGAGCUCAUUAGAAUCUAAUGGAAAGCCAUUUUUUAUGUUUCAUUUCUUGUCCCAUAAUGCAGUGUAUCAGGGUAAUGGUACCACUGAAGUCAACACAUUUACACAAGUAAACUGUUUUGAAAUGCAAAAAACAAAUGUAAAGAACUAGUGAUUGUACUGCAGAUGUGAUGCUUAUGAAAGUGUGAAUUGGGAGUUUUAAAGCACUCAGCAUUGGGAUCUGAUCACAUGAUGGUCUGAUAGCCAGAGACAGUGAUUGGAGGGUACUGGGAAGAUGAUGCACAGACUCAGAACUGCCUUUCAUGAGACCAUCGCGCCGUUUCCAUUCGAAACAGCAGUGUUGACAUAUACUCAUGUCACCAAAACAAGUGUUGUGUGAAUGUGUGUGUGUGUGUGUGUGUGUGUGUGUGUGUGUGUGUGUGUGUGUGUGUGUGUGCGCGUAUAUACUGGAGGGAAAGGUUAAAAAAGGUCCCUCUUUAGUGUUACAGUGUGUGUGUUUUCAUUAUAUUACUGGAUUGUUUUGUUGCUAGGAUGUGGAAAUUGUUGAUUUCUCUACAAUGCAACAAGACCCAUUGUUAUGAUUGGGUCAGGACAGUAGCCAAUCAUGUCUUUCAGUCUACAGUACAUACAUGUCCUGAUUACCCUGAUUGUUAGCCUGUGAACUUUGAAAAUAGACUAAUCAUCUACUGCAUGGUUAUGCCUAUUAUGGAUAUUCUCGUGUAUUAUUAGAAUAUGAGAAACAGUUAUGUGCAAUAUUCUCUCUCUUUCUCUCUCUCUGUCUGUGUGUGUGUGUGUGUGUGUGUGUAUGUGUGUGUGUGUGUGUGUGUGUGUGUGUGUGUGUGUGUGUGUGUGUGUGUUAGUCUAGCGUUGACCUCCCCUCCCCUCCCUCCAUCUCACCUUCUGAUUCAAUGUCAGUGAUUUCCACUGUAUGUUUUGGUUGCUAAUUGUUAGGUUGUCAGGUCAUGCGAUUUCCAGCACAGGUCCUUUAUUUCAGCUGCUACAGCCUCUGUCUUUCAUAUACUCUAGUUAGACAAAGAGACAAAAUAUUAAGCUCCUGUGGCAAAAAAAGUUAAAUGCAUACACAUGACCUUCCAUUCAAAAUAUAGCACAACCUUAGACUUUCUCCCAAUCUAACACCUGUGAUGCAAGCAAGACUAGUAACAUUUUUAAAGAAAGUCUAAUCAGUUCAUUUAUUAAUAAACAGAAUAGAUAUUGAGUGCAUUUGUAAUAAAUGCAACAUCUUAAUCUUUUUUUUUUUUUUUUGUCUUUUUGCAUAGACUCUUACCAACACCAGGCUUUAAAGUCAACAUGAAAUAGAAAAAACGAUUGUUUAUAUUUUUUAAAGCCACCAGGAAAUCAAAAUAAACAAUUAUUAUUUUUUAUGGAGUAUUGCAGAAUAUUUAUAUUUAUUAUAAAUUAUUUAUUCAUGCACAUCAUGAUUUUUAAACAUUUCACGUGCCCUCGUAAACUUUGAACAAAAUAACUUCCCCUUCCCUCUUGCAAUGAUAUCUCUUCUCUGAUGACAUGUUUACCGGCGCGAGGGCAGGACAACAUGUCACUCACAUGACAUCACAGCAAUAGCAAACCACAACCAUUCAAUCAGUUCCCUAUUGACAAAAUCAAGUCAUGCCCUACACUUUUUUACUUCUUGUUCAAGAAGCGGUUUCACUCGUACGGAGCCCCACUUAUGACAUGCAGGGGAAAAAAAGUAAAUCGUGUACAUGAUUUACUAAUCCGUUCUCUCGAUUUACUUAAUUGUGUGCAUUAUUUACUAAUUCGUUCCUUCAAUUUACUUAUUUGUGCACACAAUUUUCUAAUUUGUUCCUUCGAUUUACUUAAUCGUGUGCACAAUUUACUAUUUCUUUCCCUUGAUUUACUUAAUCGUGCGCACGAUUUACUAAUUCGUUCCCUUGAUUUACUUAAUCAUGCACACAAUUUACUAAUUCGUUCCUUUGAUUUACUUAUUCGUGCACACAAUUUACUAAUUCGUUACUUCGAUUUACUUAUUCGUGCGCACGAUUUACUAAUCCGUUCCUUCGAUUUACCUAAUCGUGCGCACGAUUUACUAAUUCGUUCCCUUGAUUUACUUAAUCAUGCGCACAAUUUACUAAUUUGUUUUCUUUGAUUUACUUAAUCAUGCGCACGAUUUAUUAAUUCGUUCCUCCGAUUUACUUAAUCAUGCGCACGAUUUACUAAUUCGAUCUUUCGAUUUACUUAAUCGUGCGCACAAUUUACUAUUUCGUUCCCUCAAUUUGCUAAAUCAUGUGCAAGAUUUACUAAUUCGUUCUCUCGAUUUAUAACAUGCGCAUGAUUUAGCAAAUUAAGGGAACGAAUUAAAUCAUGCACACGAUUUAGCCUACUAUUUUUUUCCUGCAUGUCAUGUGCGGGGCUCCAUACACUCGGAUAUGUCACAAUAGGGAAGAAAAGACUAUCGUAAUACUAUCUGAGAGAGGUUGUGAACAGUGUUUCAUGUUGAUUUUGAGGCUUUCACUUUUUUUUACUGCAUAUUUUACAGAUUAUUUCUUUUUUUUUUUUUUUUUUUUUUUUUUGGCAUUUCUGUUUUUUACUUUUCAUUUGCUUGGUUGUUUUCUCAAAGCAUGUUUGCCCUUAUUUUUGCCCUUCUGAACCGGCAUCUAAUGGCCUGGAUGGAGUAAAAAUGGAAACCCACACAGCUACACCUGCCAAAUACCUGUGCCCUGAUGCGCAAUUUACAAUGUUAUUUUGACUUCAUGAGUGACAUGUUUAUUAUUUUUUUAUUUUUUCUGUUUUUGAAAUGACUCUUUAGGAAACACGUUGACAUGUUCAAGCAAAAUAGAUGAAAAAGUACCUCUCUGGUUAAACGUGAAUCUGUUUAUCACAAAGGAAUACAUAUUUGUACAUACAGAGGUACAGUGCAUAUUAAUAUAAGUUAUAUAAGUGUUUUAUGUCACUGUAAGUAUCAUAAAUGUGUAUGUAUUUCUUUUUUAUUGUAUUUUGCAGCUUUAUAUGUACAGUAUGUCAUGACAUAAAUGUUUUUUUUUUUUUUUUUUUUUUUACAUAUUUGCCAUUAGUCACUGUCAUGUCAUUAUUUGCAUUUUACUAUGUGCCAAAUGUACUGUUCUCAAAGGAUGUGAAUGUGCAUUGUUUGGUUUGUAACCUAUUAAAUAAGAUGUCAGAAAUUAACCAAA